AUGCAGGGACUCUCCAGGCUAGAAGAGCCUCUGGCCAGCAGCCAACUUCCAAUGCAAAGUGCAACUCCAGUCACGAAAAAGACCUGGGAAGUCUUGCCAAGUGCUCAAGACUCUGCCAGAAAAGAAGAAAGGGCCUGCAUAAGCCUGCCCCCAUCUCCUCAUGGAGAGAGCCAGCUCAACUUGUUCACCUACAACCAUGGAGGAACCUUUACAUCCUUGGCCUGCACUCCGCGUGUACUUGCUUGGGGGCGGGAACCAUCCGGCGCGCCGCGCAGCAGUGGAAAGAAGGCGGGGCCGCAGUCCCACCGCUAG